AUGGCGUCCCCCCUCGACUCGAGCGGGACCUCAGAGCUUGCGAGUUGGCCAUUCCGCGACUCGGGUUCUCCUUCUCUCCUGCAGCUGACCCCGACUUGUCCGUUAUGCCAACAGAUGGCGCGAUCUUGAUCCAACAAGUCGGACUGAUGCUUAAAGCGCAAGUCGACCCCAUGAGUUCCCCUAAUAAUCGCAAAGGUCGACAUGGACAAUCCCUCAUCCUCCUCCAUGACAUCCCCUCACAGUCCUCAAGUCGUCAUGGCCACAGCUCAAAUCCUCUUUCAACGCUUCUGGUUCGUCACAUCGCUCAAGCAUUUCGGCAUCCGGGUACGUCACCCCUCCCUCAAAUCCCACCUCCGGGCCCUGCAGGUCACCUGACCUGGAUCUCACUUGCGCUCUCAGGACAUUGGCCUCGGCGCCCUCUUCCUCGCGUCCAAACUCGAAGAGUCCCCCCUCCGUAUCCGCGACUUGAUCAACUGCUAUGCCUACCUCCUCGAAUUCAUAGCCCACCAAGGCCGCCAACCCACCACCACCUCCACCGCUCUUCCGUUCGACUACGUCCCGAUGGACUAUUUCGCCUCGUCCUUCUACGACACCAAAGACGCGCUCGUCGUCGCCGAGAUGCAACUCCUCAAACGACUCGGUUUCCAAACCCAAUCCAGUCUUCCCUACGGCCACCUCGUCAACUACCUCAAAGUGCUCGAACUGACCUCUUACCCCGGAUUGGUCAAACAAUCGUGGGGUUACGCCAACGACAUGCUCCAAACGCCUUCCCCCGCUCUUUACCCACCCUCGACCUUGGCAGUCGCGGCCAUCUACCUAGCGACGAGGAAACAUGAUCCUCCGAUCGCUUUACCUCUGGUUCCCGAACCGUGGUGGGUUUUGUUCGACGCGACGGAGGAGGACGUCGUCGAUGUGUGUACGCGACUCUUGGAUCUGUAUAGGCAGUGGAAAUUGGAUGCGUUUGGGGAGGCCGAUAAAGCUGGGGUUUGGAAGGUGUGUGCAAAGUUGCCACAUGAUAAACAAGCGGUCAGGGAUUUGAUCGAAGUAGCUACAACCAGGAACAACAAGGCAUAA